AUGUCUGAUGAUGAUGAUGUUAUUCUGGUAAAAAAAACGAAAACUGUUUACUAUGGAUCGCUGGAAGAGCAAGAAAAGGCACGGUUGGCUGCUCUGGCAGCAGCCGUCAAAGAAGGUGUUGAAGAUGGUGAUGCUAAAGAGUUGGGAGAUAUACAGAUAUCCAAUGAAUAUAUGGAGCUUGAAGAAGAAAUGUCAAGGGACAAGAAAGCUCUGCUUGAAGAGUUUGAGAGAAGACGCAAGGCUAGACAAUUAAAUGUCUCAACAGAUGAUGAUGAGGUUCGAAGAAGUUUGAGGCAGCUGGGUGAAUCAGUUUGCUUGUUUGGAGAAGGCCCAGCAGAAAGACGUGUAAGAUUGAGGGAUUUACUAAGCUAUCUUGGAGAAGAUGCCAUAAACAAGAAGCUAGAAGAAGAAGAAGCGAGAAUAGAAAGAGACAGAGGAAGAGAAGGCACUUGGUACCAUGAGGGACCACCGGAGUUAAGAGAAUCUAGACUAUGGAUUGCAAGAUAUUCAUUGCCUAGAGCAAAAGAAAGACUAAUGAAAGCAAGGGAAGAGUUAAAAUUAAGUGGAAGUAUAAGAGCAGCGGCGAAACAGGAGUCCCAAAGGCGGGCAUCUGCUAUGACGAUUUAUUGCAGUCAGAUUGGUGACGCUCGACCGAUAAGUUUCUGCCGCUUCAGCAACGAUAGUCAAAUGUUAAUAACUUCAAGUUGGUCUGGUUUAAUCAAAGUAUGGUCUGUUCCCGAUUGCAAAUUACUACAAACACUCACGGGUCAUACAUGUAAUGUUAGUUCGGCCGUCUUUCACCCCGAUGCAGCUGUACCUCAUCAUUUUACGCGCAUGAUAGAUAACGAUUCGGAUCAGCAGAACUCGAUGGAUGUAGGCGAGGAGGUGUCGAAAAGCGUCACGAUGGCAUCAUCGUCCUACGAUGGAAAUGUGCACUUAUGGAAUUUCGCCAGUGACAAGCCAAUGGCAUCGUUGGAAGGUCAUUCACCAUCACGCGUGGCUAGAGUGGAGUUCCAUCCAUCCGGAAGAUUCCUUGCUGCAACUGUCUUCGAUCACUCAUGGAGAUUAUGGGAUUUGGAGACUGCCACUGAGGUGUUACACCAAGAAGGUCAUGCGAAGCCAGUGUACAGCGUGGCUUUUCAGGGCGAUGGCUCGCUGGCUGCUACAGGAGGUAUGGACGCGUUCGGUCGCGUCUGGGACCUACGCACGGGCCGCUGCGUGAUGUUUCUCGAAGGCCACCUGGGCGCGGUCUUAGGGGCCACCUGGUCCCCGGCCGGACAUCACUUGGCUACGGCGGCCGCUGAUCAUCAGGCUAAAAUCUGGGAUCUUAGACGCCGGGCCUGUCUAUACACGAUACCUUCACAUACACAUCUUAUAAGCGAUAUAAGAUAUCAACGCAGCCAUGGACAUUACCUGCUGACGUCAUCGUAUGAUAAAACGGCUAAGUUGUGGUCCAAUCCAGCUUGGCAUCCUCUGAAGACACUGUCCGGUCACGAUAAUAAGGUGAUGAGUGCGGACAUAUCAUUGGAUAAUAAAUAUAUUGCAACAAGUUCCUACGACAGAACAUUCAAGCUAUGGGCCCCGGAUUUAGUUUAA